GGUAUAGAGUCUUAUUUAACUCACCAGGAGGCGAGCCCACAUGGUUUGGUAUCAGGACCUCUGGACAGGAAUGGGGUUAGUGUCCCCCGGGGACCCCAGACCCCUGAGCCACCUGCUGCUCCUGUUGCUGCUACUGGAGGAACCUCAGGGGUCCUGCACUGAUCCCCUGUCAGUCACUGUGACCCGCAGUAAGAACCUGCUGGGCAAGGUCAUCCUGAGGUGCUGGGCUUUUAGCUUCUAUCCUCGGGGUACCACCCUGACCUGGCUUCGGGAUGGGGAUCCCAUGCACCAGGGCACCUUUGGGCCUGGGGUCAGCCUGCCCAGUGGGGACGGGACCUACCAGACCUGGGUGGACACUCAGAUCCUCCCUGGAGAGGAGCAGAGGUUCGCCUGCCACGUGGGACACUGCGGGCUGAACAUCACGGUCCCUGCAGUCUCUGGAACUCAAGGUCAGAGCGCUUCCUGUGCGGCUGCUCCUGCUGCGGCUCCUCUCGCUGUGUCCACUGUCGCUGCUGUGCUGUAUUUGGUGGUGGUCGAAGCCUAGACGAGGAAGCACACAAAGGAUGUGAGAGCCCAGGGGAGAAGCACAUGGGACAGAGAGGAGGACGGAUCUGAUUCUUCUCUGGGUCAUUUAAGAAAACCUUUUUCUCUUUUCCCUUAAGAUAAGUAUGGCUUAUACAGUUUGCAAAUUAUGUCUUUGUAAGCAGAAUUGAAACAUUUAUCUUUUUCUCGCUACCUGAUCCCUCCAGAAUUUAGAAACUCUUAGUGAAUGAAUAUUCUUAUUCUCAUGGCAAUAUACUUAUUUGCAGAAGUUCGAUAAGAAUCUGUUCUCCUUAUAAUGGGACACAAUUGGAAACAUUGGUGAUAGUACCAAAGCUUUGACUGGAAUGUCACAUUUGAGAGAAACAUGCAUAGACUCAGAUAUGACCAGAUGGCUAAGGGAGAAAGAUUGACUUUAUGAAAUAAAGCCACUUGGAAAUAUUGGCUUGACCCUUUGUUUACAGGGUUCCCAGCAACGUUACCACUUGAGUAAGAAGGUCACUUCUCAGGAAGGUGCAGAGAACCUCAGGAUAUUUUGGGGAAUCUCAAGAGGAGAGAGGAAUUCACUCAAAUUUUCUCACCACUUAAAGGGGCCCAUCCACUUGGCUGACAACUGGUUUUCAGGUCCCUGGUCUUUACAAGUUUUCAGUAAAACAUGCUCACCAGGUCAGAAGGCGUGUGGAGGGACAUCAGGUGGAUAUGCAGACCUACGAGGAGCAAACUCAUGGACAGAUGUUAAUAGAGAGCUUACUGAUUUAACAUAAUUAGCAAUCAUAACAUUCCUUAAAACAUCCAUAGAUUGAAUCCCAGGAGUAGAUGCCUGAAGGAGUCUCCCGUAUAGAAUUUUAAAAGGACUCAACUUAAGUCCACUUCAGGGAGCUACUCUAACCCUUAGCAGGGCAAGGGCCAGUGCCUUAUCCCAAGUUAGUUGUGUUUCCUCACAGAUUUUGGUAAUGGUUUUUUUUUUUUUAAGGUGUGAUUGUUUUUUUCAUUUUUUUCAGUUGACUGAAGUUUCCAAGCUGAGUGUAGUAUUCAUCACAUGUCUAAGCUUCUGGACACUUGUUGGGUUAUUUGGGAGACAAAAGCUGCUCCAUUAUCAUUCUGUAAGGUAUUAGGCAGAUGAAACCUAGGGGUGAUUUUUUUAGCAACAUGAGAGUGACUUCUGAUGUUGUUUCAGUCCUAGUGGGAAAGGUUUCUACCCACCUGGUGAAGGUGUCCACAAACACUAAGAAAAACGUGAAAUUCCCAGUUGCCCAUGGCAUCUGGGUAAAGUCUAUUUGCCAGUCUUCAGUAGGCCAAUUUGCUUUCUGCUGAGUGCCCAGAUGUGGGGGACUAGAAGUGGUCUUGGGGUUGCUCUUUGCACAGGCUAUUGCAAUUUUUAGUCACCUGUUGUAUAGUGUUUUGUAGGUGGGGCCCUAUGAUGCAUUUC